GAGGUGUGGGCGCCUGUCUCUAUACCUGCUCCACCACCUUCACCGCCACCACCAGCACCACCCUUCACCACCACCAUGUCUCGCAAGUCCGGCUCCCGCUCGUCCUCUCGCCGCAGCAAGAAGAGCGGAGGAGGAAGCAAUGUGUUUGAUAUGUUCACGCAGCGUCAGGUGGCGGAGUUCAAGGAGGGCUUCCAGCUGAUGGACCGCGACAAGGACGGCGUCAUCGGCAAGGCUGACCUCCGCGGCACCUACGACGAGAUCGGUCGCAUCUGCCAGGACGCCGAGCUCGAUGAGAUGCUCGCCGACGCCCCUGGGCCCAUCAACUUCACCAUGCUGCUUAACAUGUUCGCCGAGAGGUCCACGGGCGAGGCAGAUGACGAUGACGUGGUGGCGAAGGCGUUCUUAGCGUUCUCAGACGAAGAGGGGAAUAUUGACUGCGAUGUCUUCAGGCACGCGCUCAUGACCUGGGGCGACAAGUUCUCGGCGCAGGAGGCUGACGACGCGCUGGACCAGAUGGACGUGGACGACAACGGCAAGAUCGAUGUGCAGUCCAUCAUCUCCAUGCUCACAGCUGGUGGUGGUGACGACUCCGCGGCCGCCGGGGAGGAGGAGGCCGCCUAAGAAGUGCCCAUCCACCCCCCUGCAAUACCUGUCCUUAAUCCCCUUCAAUUAACCCCAUUCUCCCUCCUUUCCUCCUCUAUUUUUGGUGAUGGUGAUAUUAUGUUGUUCGGGAGGAGACGAUUACCGUUAAUAUCAAUGCUGAAUUACCUCUCUCUCCUCCUCUUCCUCUCCUCUUCCUCCUCCUCCUCCUCCUCCUUGAAGUGUGUGGUGGGGAUGUCCAGUGUUCUUGAGGAGACCUUGAAACCUCCACCACUCCUCCUCCUCCUCCUCUUCCUCCUCCAUCACCACCACCACCACCACCACCACCACGGCUCUCCCUCCUCGUCAUCGUGUGUGUUCGUGCGUGUGUGUAUCACCGAAGGAUUAUAGAAAAGACACUGCUUUCACUGCCAUAAUAGUGCCGAUACCACCGCCACCACCACCACCGCCACCACCACUACUACUACUACCACUACUACUGCAAUCUCCAGAGCCUCCACCACUGCUACCACUACUAUUACUACUACUACUACUACUACUACUAUAACUGUCACUAUCGGUGGAGGUUGUCGUCUGUGUUAUAAGUCUGUGGAGCAAAUCGAAAUAAAGAUAAUUUUGGACCAAAGAAAA